AAAAUUGUAAAAUUGAACUACGUAGAUAUUUUGGGGCUUUAGCUACUUUACCCUAAAGCCGCCCUUGACUGCCGGUGUACCUCCAUCUCACGGCGGAGUGUGUCAAUUUCUUCCUGCUUUUACCCUUGAGCUUCCGGCGGUGUGCCUGCCAUGGGAAUGAUGGAGAUAGAUGGACGUGAAAGAAGUGUUGAUUCGGAGAGAUGGGAAGAUGAUAUGGAAGAAAGCGGGUAUGAUAAAUCUAAGGAUUCUUCGAGUAAGCAUCGAAGUAGUAAGGAUAAGGAUAGGAAAAGUAGUAGUGGACGAAGAGAAGAGAAAGAGCAUAGAAGAGAUCGGGAGAAGAGUAAAGAGUUGGAGAAGGAUCGUUCGUCAACUCGUGAUAGAAGGAAGGAAGAUCGUAGAGAUCGUGGAAAAGACCGGGAGAGAGAUAGUGAACGGGGAAGAGAUAAGGAACGAGAUCGGGAUACUGACCGGGAGAGAGACAGUGAACGGGGAAGAGAUAAGGAACGAGAUCGGGACAUUGACCGGGAGAGAGAUAGUGAACGGGGAAGAGAUAAGGAACGAGAUAGGGAGACUGAGCGGGUGAGGAGCAGCAAGGAUAAGGAUAGUGAGAAGGUAAGAGAUAGGAAAAAGGAAAAGGAAAGAGGUAGUAGAGAUGGAGCUGAGAAGGAGAAGGGGAGAGAUAGAGCUAAAGAAAAGGGGAAGGAAGUGGAUGAGGAUGAUAAGGAGAGGUCAAGAGAUAAAGAUAGGAGCAGCCGUAGGCAGCGAGAUGAGGGUCAUGAUAGGAGUAAGGACAAGGACAGGCGGAAGGAUGAAGAUUCUGAUUAUCGCUAUGCAGCUAAGCAGGAAAUUGUUGUUUCUCAUGAAGAUGAGGAGAGGUCACAUAACAAUGCAGUUGAAACAGGUGGAGCACAAUCUGCUGCUGCCGCUUCGGAGCUGGAGGAACGCAUUCUGAAGAUGAAGGAAGAGAGGUUGAAGAAAAAAUCAGAAGGUGCUUCUGAGGUGUUGGCGUGGGUUAGCAAGAGCCGAAAGAUUGAGGAGAUAAGGAAUGCUGAGAAGGAGAAAGCCUUACAGCUUUCGAAGAUUUUUGAAGAGCAGGACAAGAUGAAUGAAGAAGAAAGUGAUGAUGAGGAGAAUGCUCGGCUAGCUGCAAAAGAGCUAGGUGGGAUGAAAGUACUCCAUGGGCUUGACAAAGUAGUCGAAGGUGGGGCUGUUGUCUUGACACUCAAAGAUCAGAGCAUACUUGCUGGUGAUGAUGUUAAUCAAGAGGUUGAUGUGCUUGAAAAUGUGGAGAUCGGAGAACAGAAGCGAAGGGAUGAUGCUUACAAGGCUGCAAAAAAUAAAACAGGGAUCUAUGAUGACAAGUUCAAUGAUGAACCUGGUUUUGAAAGGAAAAUAUUACCAAAGUAUGAUGACCCGGCAGAAGAGGAGGGAGUUAUUCUUGAUGCAACUGGAGGUUUCAGUCUUGAUGCAGAGAAGAAACUGGAGGAGCUACGGAGAAGGAUUCAGGGGCCUUCCUCAAUAAAUCGGAUGGAAGACCUCAACUCUUCUGGGAAAUUAUUGUCCGACUACUAUACUCAAGAGGAAAUGGUUCAAUUUAAGAAGCCCAAGAAGAAAAAAUCACUGAGGAAGAAAGAGAAGAUGGAUCUAGAUGCCCUUGAAGCGGAGGCCAAAUCUGCUGGAUUGGGUGUCAGUGAUCUUGGUUCUCGCAAUGAUAAGACAAGGCAGGUCCUUAAGGAAGAAAAGGAGAGAGCAGAUGCAGAGACGAGGAGCAAUGCUUACCAGGCUGCUUAUGCCAAGGCUGAAGAGGCAUCCAAAGCACUUCGACCCGAUAAAACUAAUAACAACCAGAGAGAGGAAGAUGAUGCAGUAUUUGAUGAUGAUGAUGAGGAGCUUAGAAAAUCCUUAGAAAGAGCCAGAAAACUUGCAUUGAGAAAGCAAGAGGGCCUUGCCAAAACCUUUCCAGAGUCAAUUGCUUCGCUUGCUGCUUCCCGUGCAAAUGAUUCAAUGGUGGAUAAUUCAAGUUCUGCAUCUGGAGAGGCACAAGAGAACAAGGUUGUCUUCACAGAGAUGGAAGAGUUUGUCUGGGGGCUUCAGCUUGAUGAAGAGGAACAAAAACCUGGUAGCGAUGAUGUUUUCAUGGAGGAAGACGUGCUACCAAAACCCUCUGAUGAAGAACUGAAGAGUGAGGAUGGUGGUUGGACCGAAGUGAAGGAAACCAAGGAAGAGGAGCCAUCUGUAAAGGAGGAGGAAAUGGAAGUAACUCCAGAUGAUACGAUACGUGAAGUUCCAGUUGGAAAGGGUUUAUCAGGGGUUCUCAAACUUUUGCAAGAACGAGGUACUCUCAAGGAAGAUAUUGAAUGGGGUGGUCGAAACAUGGACAAGAAGAAGAGCAAGCUCGUAGGCAUCCGUAGCGAGGACGGGAAAAAGGAAAUAAACAUAGAAAGGACUGAUGAGUAUGGGCGAAUCCUGACUCCAAAGGAGGCUUUUCGGUUGCUUUCACAUAAAUUUCAUGGGAAGGGGCCUGGGAAGAUGAAGCAAGAAAAGCGUAUGCGGCAAUACCAGGAGGAGCUGAAGAUAAAACAGAUGAAAAAUUCAGAUACUCCAUCACAGUCUGUGGAGAGGAUGAGAGAAACUCAUGCUCAAACAAGAACUCCAUAUAUUGUUCUUAGCGGACAUGUUAAACCAGGGCAAACUAGUGAUCCUCGAAGUGGUUUUGCUACUGUUGAGAAGGACUUGCCUGGAGGUUUGACCCCUAUGCUUGGUGAUAAGAAGGUGGAGCACUUUUUGGGCAUAAAACGCAAGUUUGAACCAGGAGAGGGGAGCUCACAAAAGAAGCCCAAAAAUUAAUUUACUUUUCGCGGUUCAAGAUAUCCUUUUUGCUUUACGCACAAGAUCUUGUAAUUGUACAUAAAAAUCUAUCUACGCUGUGUGGCGUAAAUGGUUCAAUUGUGAUGCCUCUGUUAAAUGGCAUAGCAACAUGAAAAUAGUAGUGUACUUCACAUGUAGUUGACCAAUCCUACUGUUGCCUUGAUCCCUUUUUGGCCUUCAAAUCACAAUUCUAAUCGUGCUGAGGAGCAUUUCAACAUUUCUUCUGUAUUUGUCUUAUUGAUGAACGUAAAUUUCAUUUAGACGUUCAAAAGUA